CGACAUUAACAGGUAAAAAUAUAAGAAAAUGUCAGUAUAACCUAUAUAAAUGCGCGCGAAAAAUGAUAAAAAUUUUCUGGAAAAAAUAUUGAUAAUUGCAGAUAAAUGAAGCAAUCUUAUCUCGGAUUAUGCCACAGGAUAUAAGAAGAUUUUUUUCGGUAAUAUCGAAUAAAAAUACUACAUCCAAAACACCCGAGACUAAAAAGAAGGUCAAACGUUUGGUAGACUCUGAUGAUGACGAUGACAUUAUUGUGUCUACUCCGGAACAAAGCAAAAAGAAAAUUGAGAAAAGUAAAAGAAAAUCUGAAAAAGCCAUAGUAAUUGUUUCAGAUUCUGAUGAUGAACCGGAUAAAAAAGAAAUAAAGUUGAAACCAGUGGACAUUAAUGAUGUAUUUAGUGAUAAACCGAUUAAACAGAAUAUUGGGACUCUUCCUAGAGGGGAUGCAGUCAAAGUUGAAUCAAAACUAUUGAACAAACCUAAUAAAAAGAAAAAGGUAAAAACUGAAGUUGGCGUACAUAAUGAUGAAGCUUUUGAGAAAACUCUAUUGGAACUAGAUGAUGGUUUAUUGUCAGAUAAUUUGGAGCUUUUAGAGCAAUCUCUUAAUGAUGCUUUGGAAGAAAAUACCAAAACUAAAAAACGUAAAAGUCCAAAUGAAAAAACAAAAACUAAAAGGCCCGAAACAGAUGGUAAAGAUGAGGAAAUUAAAUCUAAACAGAAAAAACUUGAAACUGAUUUACAUCCCGAUGAGGCGUUUAAGAAAACUCUAAAAAAUUUGGAUGAAGAAAGCUACGAAAACAAAAAAACUAAAGUAUCUCCUAAAGCAACAGAUUCUGGAAGUAAACAAAGUAGUUCAAAUGAAGAUACUCCUAAUAAACCGAAAGAUAAUAAGAAAAAUAAAAGGCAACGAACUCCCUCAGAAGGAUCUACCCCGAAAAAACCAAAACUGGACGAAUCUAACUCAGAAAUUGACCCCGAUCAAGAAAGAUUUGAAAAAAAAAGGUAUUCGGCUAUGUUAUACCAAAAGUAUUUGAACAGAAGCGGCCCAAAAAUGCACGGACAAAAAGAAAUACCAAAGGGAAAAUCUGAUUGUUUAGCUGGUCUCACAUUUUUACGUACUGGUGUAUUAGAUUCAUUAGAAGGUGAAGAAUUUCUGAAUCUAGCAAAAGAACAUGGUGGUAGAGUCGUACAUGCUGUUUCAAGUAAGAUAAUAAUUUCAAAUUUUUUUUUAUUAAAAUUAAUUGCUUCAUUGAUUGUAGAGAAAGUUAAUUAUGUAGUAGUUGGUGAGGAUCCUGGUCCAGCAAAACUAGAAAAAGCUCGUGGCUAUAAAAUACCCGAAAUAAACGAAGAUGAAUUUUUUGAUUUGAUUUUAGUCAAAUCUGGAUUAAAACCAAAGUAUUCUAAGAAAUCUCAAGAUUCUUACGAUUCAGGAGUGUAUUCAUUUGAGGGUGAUGAUAAACAGGAUAAGAAAAAACAAAAGGAUUGUGAUGAAGUAUCAGAAAAGAAGAAAAAGAAACAUAAAAUUGAAGAACAAGAUAAAAAAUUUGAUGAGUUCAAAAAAGUAGCUAAGACAACUUCAGUUGCGAAUGAAAAAGAAGAUCAAAGUCACAACAAAACAGAGUCGAAAAGGGACAAAACUAAUAAAGGAAACUCAAAGACAUCAUCAUUCUGGACUAAUUCUUCCAAACCUAGUAAAUCUACAAAAUCUAAAUCUCCUUCAAAGGCAAGUGUUAAUUCAUCAGAAUCUACUGAAAAUCGUAAAAAUAUCGACUCAAUCCAAUCUGUAAACUUUAAUUCAAAUAAUAGAGAAAAAUCUGUAGAAUCUAUAUCGGUUUCAUCAGAAAAAGAUGAAGCAACAGUAUCUUCGUCUCUAACUAACUCGAUGGCAUGGACUGAUAAAUAUAAACCAAUCGAUACAAAAGGUAUAAUUGGUCAACAAGGGGACGGCAGUAACAUGAAUAAGUUAAGCACAUGGUUAUCUAACUGGUAUAGAAAUCAAUUACCUGCAGUGAGAAAGAAGAUACCCCGACCCUCUCCGUGGGCUAAAAAUGAUAAUGGAGCAUAUUAUAAAGCUGCUUUGUUGAGUGGACCACCAGGAGUUGGUAAAACAACUACAGCAACCUUGGUAUCCAAAGCGGUAGGUUUUGAUGUAGUUGAAUUUAACGCAUCUGAUACUAGAAGUAAAAAGUUAUUACAAGAAGAAGUAGCUCAACUUUUAAGCACAACUACAAUUGCAGGUUAUGCAGCAGGUAAAGCAAGGACUGACAGAAAGAGGGUUCUUCUAAUGGACGAAGUUGAUGGUAUGGCAGGCAAUGAAGAUAGGGGUGGGAUUCAGGAAUUGAUAAAUUUAAUAAAAACAACAAGCGUUCCAAUUAUUUGUAUGUGUAAUGACAGAAAUCACCAAAAGAUGAGAUCGUUGGUGAAUUACUGCUUUGAUUUGAGAUUUGCUAAACCUAGACUCGAACAAAUUAGGGGCGCAAUGAUGUCGAUUUGUUUCAAGGAAGGCUUGAAAAUAUCACCAAACGUACUUUCAGAAAUAAUUGCAGGUACAGGCUGUGACAUUCGUCAAAGUUUGAAUCAUCUCACUAUGUGGGCGGCUCAAAACAAAAAUAUGUCUCUAGAAGAAGUUCAAAGUAAAGCGAAAGAAGCCAAAAAGGAUACAGUUCUCGGGCCUUGGGAAGUUGUUAGGAUGGUAUUUACAGAAUCUGAACAGAAGAAUAUGACAUUAUCAGAUAAGAUUAGAUUAUUCUAUUAUGAUUACAGUAUGGGUCCGCUUUUUGUACAAGAGAAUUAUUUGGGUAUUACUCCUAAAUGUCCUAAAUCUGAAGUUAUGAAACGUGUUGCUUUGGCAGCUGAUUCAAUCAGUAAGGGCGAUUUGGUUGAUGCCAAAAUAAGGAGUUCAAAUAAUUGGUCCUUAUUAGAAUCUCAAGCUAUGUACUCAUCAGUUUUACCAGGUUAUUACAUGUCCGGUCAUGUUUCAUCUAGAAUCAACUUUCCAGGAUGGUUGGGCAAAAAUUCUUCUGCAAAUAAGAGAAAGCGAAUGCUCAAUGAGUUACAUGUUCACACUAGAAUGAGUACAUCUGGCAACGUUGUGGCCAUGAAACUCGAUUAUUUGGUGCCGUUAAGAAACGCAAUAAUUACACCUCUUUUAAAAUAUGGCGUUGAUGGUAUCCAACAAUCAAUAGCGGUUAUGGACGCUUACACUUUAUUGAGAGAAGAUCUGACUAAUAUUUUAGAAUUAUGUCACUGGAAAGAUGAUAAAAAUCCAUUUAAUGACAUUGAUUCGAAGGUAAAAUCGGCAUUCACGAGGGCGUACAAUAAAAUAGGACAUAAGUUACCGUUUGCUCCCGGAGCUGGUUUUUCCAAAAAGAAGUCUCGAGAUGAUAAUCCAGAAAAUGAAGAUAAUAUACUCGAAUCUGAUGAAGAUGAUGAACAAGAAGACAAUGAAGAUGUAAACGUUGAUUCUUUGAUAAAAAUUGGAAAAACAAGCAAAAAAGAAACCACCAAACCCAGUACAAGCAAAACAAAAGGAAAAGCCAAGAAACAGAAGUAGUAUAUUUUGUUUGAUUUAAAUUUUUAAUUUUAAAAUUUUCAUGUUCUUCAUACAUCUGUUUUGUUUUUGAUUUUUUAUAUACAUAAAAUAAUUAUUUCCAUAAAGGUUUUUAAAUAUAGAUCUAAGCGUUUGAAAA